CACAACAACUCAUUGGCUUUAGUUCUUAGCAUGGAGGCUGUAGCUUCAAAUGGCUACAGAGGUAAUGACAAAUCCAUGCUUAUUGCCAAUGUAUUGUUUAGAAUGGGAGGAGUAGCCAUUUUACUAUCUAACAGAAAACAAGACAAGCUAGUGGCCAAGUACAAGCUUCAACAUCUUGUAAGGACCCACACAGGAUCAAAUGACCAAGCAUAUAAGUCUGUUUACCAAGAAUCUGAUGAAAACGAGAUGGUGGGUGUUUCCCUCUCACGAUCUCUUCUUACUGUAGCUGCUUCAGCUUUGAGGACCAAUAUAACAACCUUAGGUCCUCUUGUCUUGCCAUAUUCAGAACAAUUGUGCUUUGGAUGGUCAGUGAUUUGCAAGAAAAUAUGGCCUAGAGGGAGAAAAGAAAUCUAUGUGCCAAAUUUUAAGAAGGCUUUUGAACAUUUCUGUAUACAUGCUGGAGGUAAGUCAGUCAUAGAUGUCAUAGAGAAAAGUCUUAAGCUGCAAAAGAAAGAUGUUGAAGCCUCAAGGAUGACUUUAUACAGAUUUGGCAAUACUUCAUCUUCUUCUCUGUGGUAUGAACUUUGCUAUUUGGAGGCAAAAGGAAGAGUGAAGAAAGGAGACAGGGUGUGGCAAAUUGCCUUUGGAAGUGGAUUCAAGUGUAACAGUGCAGUUUGGAAGUGUCUUUCUGAUACUGAUCCAAAUGUAAGAAAUGUUUGGUCAGAUAGAAUCCAUUUGUAUCCAGUUGAGAUACCUGUGUUUGACUGUUGAAUUUGUAAUAGGUUUGAAAAACAUUGACAGUUGAACAAUCAUUGGAUA